UACUCACAGCAGUCAGUCGGUUUAGAGACAUCGUCGUUGCUGUCACGUUUCUUCUCCUUUUUAUCUCAUUAAUUUCAUUAUUAUUAUUAUUGUCAUUACUCAUACAUAGAAACAUAGACACAAGUACAUACUUCUGUCUCUUUAUGUCAGUUAAAUCAUUAAUUUUUGAUGAAUUAAUUUGUCGUCAUUUUUCUUUUCUUUUCUUUUAAAUGGGAGGAAAAAUAAUUGUGAUAUAAAUAAAAACAUUAUAUUCUAUGUGAGAUAUUGAUUUUAUAGUGAUUUACAAAAUGAUUAAGCUCGAUGAGGAUUGCUUUUGAUUCGUGUAUUAUGUGAUAUAGUUGUCAUGUAUAUAUAUGUAGAAAGAAGAAUUAUAUAAAAGAGUAUUAUUUGAGUGAAACGUAAUGUGAUUUACGUCAUUUCUUCUCAACAACGAUAUCUCAACAACUAUACAUGCAUGCAUGUAUGUAUGAAUGCAGUAUAGGUACAAGUAGCGUAUCUAAACGAUAACAAGUAUAUGAUCGAGAAUGGAGCCAGGAAACAAACGGACCGAUGAGAAGAAUUUAGAAAAAGACAAGUACGAGAAUAGAAAUUUAAUAUUAAUCGAAGGAAAAGAAGAAAUAUCUACGAAAUUACGCGUUCAUAAAGUGGAAAAAUUAACGACCAUUGAACAAAAAGAAAAAGAAAAAGAAGAAGAAGGAAAUAAAAAUAAUAAUAAUAAUAAUAAUAAUAAUAAUAAUAAUAAUAAUAUUAAAAAAAAAAAAGAAAACUUGCUCAUUAAGGAUAGACCUUCAUUUCCAUCACUGAAUGAAAAAAUCAAGCCAAUUAGAUUGAUCAAACGUCCAACGAUCGGUACUUUGGUAGUCAAAGGUUUGGAUCCAAAAAACUUGACAAUCAAAGAACACAAAGUAAAUAGAAAAGUUUCCAAUGAGAAUGAUCAAGAUAUUUCGAUAAAAAAGGAACAAUUUAAUAAGAAUAGAACAUCAGUUGAUAAGGAGGAUGAUGAAGAUGAGAAAAAGUCUAAGCAGAGUCCGUUAGAUCGUUUGACGGAAAGUAGAUCGAAGAUUAAAGUAUUGCAAGAUAAUCUAGGUACACAGAUACAUGCUAUUACUGCGUUGAGUUACAGCGAAGAAUUAUCUAAUCGUCCUUUAAGAUCAUCCUUAGAAAUCGAUACGAAUUCUUUGAGCGAAAUAUCAUUCGAUCCUGAAUUUUUACAACGUCAAAAAUUAGACGAGAGAUUAGAGAUCGAAGAAAGUAACAGAAAACCGCGUUACAGUAAAAAAGUAUUGGAAAUAGAAAGAAGAUGGUCUGGUGAAUUUCUUCGUUGCAAAUCGCGAAACAAUCAUGACCGAUCUAAUUCGUCGUCUUCCAAAUCAUCCUAUAUUGAAGAAUUUGGUAGCGCAUCGUCGGGUGAAAGUAUAAUCGAAGAAGGACAGAUAAGUUUUUCGAACGUACAAUUAAACGAUCAAGAAGGAUCGAUAAGAAGACGUUCGGAAGAAUUUUUAGAAGGUAGCAUUGUAAUUACUUUUGGUUCGGAUUCUGGUUUGGAUGGUGAGGAUAAACAACUUUUAAACGAGGAUAUAGAUCAUCGAUCAUCGAAUAGAUCAUUCGACAACGAUUUAUCUACGGUUAACGAGCGGUUGAUGAUACCUUGCGAACAUACUAAGCAGGAAAUCAAUUGUAAGGAAGAUAAAUCAUCAUCAUCAUCAUCAUCAUUGAUAGCAACAGCAAACACAACAACAAAUACGAAAGACGGUUACGCCAAAUUGAUAAGACAAUUUACGAUGGAGCCAGGAGUAUCCAGAGUAAAGAAAGAAGAGAAGCAAAAAAAGAAAUCCGGUUUGAGAAGAUUAUUACCAGGAUUUUUUUCCCCGAAAGAUUCGCGCAAGGAUUACAAUAAAAAGAAGGAACGAAAGGAGAGAAGGAAACAGGACGAGAGACAUUUUACUCGUUACCAACAAAAUGGUAAUUACACUAGAUCACCGGACACUAUGAAUUUGAACGAGGAUAUCAAAAGGAACGUUAAAUUAGAUAACAGUUUGAACGGAUCGAUAAUCGAAGAAAGAUUAGACGAGAUCAAACGCGAAUUGUUUCCUGAUCAAGGAUUGAUCACUAGUACUCCUGAUCAUUUUUCAUUAAAUGACGAAGGAAGAACGAAGAUGAUACAGCAAACUAAAUAUCGUGCAAAUGAUUCCAGUCCAAGGUCCAUCGGUCCGGAUGACAGAUGGUACGAUAAAAAAAUGUUAUCGCCUGAUAAAAACAAAUACGAAGUGAGAAAUAUAGUUGAAGAAGGGGAAAAUAAAACGGGAUGGGAGUUAGACUACCGAAGACAAUUAGAACGUAAACAUAGUCUUCAAGAAGCGAAUCGUGGUCGUACGUUCUUUCAAAGAAAUCACGGACCAUCCGGAAGGAUUUCGGCACCACCUAAUGAAAGAUUUUUUCAUAAAUCAGUAGUAGUUCGACCAAUAGAUAGACCACUUCCAGCGAUACCACGUUCGAGAAUUGAAUUAUGCAAUUAUGAAAAUUAUGAAAGGGAAGAGUCACAGGAUUUAGAUUCACGUGGAGAAAAUGAUGAUAAUGAUGCUAGUAGGCAAGCUGUUUCGAUUGUCAUCGAUUCACCGAAUGAUAGAACGGUGAAAUAUUCGUCUCCAGUAUCUAGCCAGAAGUCGGGGGAUUAUGCUGAUUCUUGUUGUACUCCAAAUUCCAGUCAGAAGAGUGAAUUUUCACCGUCUAGUUCGAAAAGUGGUGAAUAUUAUCUUAACUCGCCGCGAACUAGUGCGAGGACAUCGCCAACUACUGGCGCACAGACUGAAGGGAUUUAUGCUAAUGAGACUGCUCGACCAUCGAAGAAUCCUGAUUACGAAGAAGAAAUCGAAGAACGUGUCUACGACGAGACACCGCCUUCCCCGCUCAGGGAAAAUGAUUCUGUUAAUAGAAAAGAGGGUGACGUUGGUGCAACGAAUAAAACUUCGAUAAACAGUAACAAAAGUUUGGCAUCACCACGAGGAAUGCAAAGAAAAGCACAACCCAGUGAUCAAAUUUUGAUAGCUUCACCCAAACGAGAAGUCAUUUAUGAUAGAAAAACGUUUGCUAAUCUCGAACGUAUACGUCCAGAAUCACCAAUAACGGUAUCCAAUUCACCCAAGGAACGUAUCGAGAGGAUUACCGAGACCAAUUUGUGUAAAGGUAAGGAAAAUCAAGGCCAACGUAAUCGUGACAAAAUACAGGGUCAUAGGUCAGCAAGUUUGUCACCGUUUUCGAUGAUUCCAACAGCUUCAGGUAAUACACCUUGUACGAUGAAGAAUCUUCAAAGGCCCGAACCCGUUUACGCCACUUCUCGUUUACGAACGGAAUCAAGUCCAUGUAGGAGAAACGUUAGUGAUGUUUCUGGGCCAACUACAUCUGUCUCGAGCCAAGAAAAGAUUUAUACCAGCAAAGGUUCUCUCCAACGUGAACCGAUACCAGAAAGACAAAGACCUACCGAAAGUAACGUGUAUCAUGGACAAGUUAAUUGCCAAAUCAAUUGUAAUCCAACAUCACCUACGAAAAGACGAACUAUGCAACAUCUCGAAGCUUUUUAUUGGCAACAGAAGGCUUUGGAAGCUCAUCGAAAGACUGGGUUGCCAGCUAACAACAAUGAUUCACAGAUUCGUGAAACAACCAAUCGUGAAAAACAAACUUCUCUGAAGAUCAAUUUACCGGAAAUUCGAGAAGCUGUUUAUUGGCAACAGUUGAAGAAACUUGACGAGGAACAACAAAGGCGAAUUUAUGAAAGAAAUUUAAUGGAAGAUAGAAGACUCGAAACCAGAUCAGUUUCAAAUCGCCAGAGUGGUCGAUCAAACAUUCGUCAACCACCACCUACCAUCCCUAUUACUAAUACUAAUAUUCCUAAUACUGCAUCAACCGAUUCUAAUAUAGAUCGAUCUUAUUGGGCUAAUGAAAAAUCUCGUGCUACGAAAACCAAUAAUCCAUUAAGACCUAACUUAAUGCACGGUCAAAAAGGUUCGACACAACCAAUUUUAAUAGUUAGACCUCAACAGGCAAUUCGUGAUCGACAAGAGCUACCAAUCAAAUCUGUCGACGAUUCUUCCAGAUUAAGUCCUAGGAGAUCGAAAAGCGCAUCACCCCAUUUACGUGCUAAUCGUAAUCUGAACAAACCCGAUAACAAUUCUUCCUACACUUACGAGGAUGAUAACGAUAACGAUGGUAAGCAACCUCGACCUCAUCCAAUAUUUAAACGAGGAAGUCUAGUGAGCAGUGACUCCGUCGAAUAUACUAGUAGUGGUACGAAAAGAGUUAGUUUUUCUAAUCAAAAUGUUGGCAAUGAAUUACCCAAUGGUAAUUGGCCGACUAAACAUGGCACGGCAUCCGAACCACCAACCAGAAGACACAGAAGCGAAGACAGUGUUUCCGAUACCGAUUCCGUAUUCAUUCGUGAUCCUAAUUUAGAUAUCAUUUAUACCCCUUAUCAUCCUACCACUUCUUGUUCGCGUAAUUUAGAAGCAAGUUAUGCUUAUCAUCGAAUCCCUCAAAAUAAUUCUAAAUGUGUACCUCAAGAAUAUGACGCGGAUAGACCACUUCCACCUUUACCCAAGGAACCAUCAAACGUUAUUCAAGCUCAGAGAUGGAACGUUGCUGCUCAUAAUUACCGGAAGUGGCCUGCUCUUUGCGAAAGCGAAAGCGGAAGCGAAGCUGCCGGUGAGGUUCAACGAAUAUUUGGCAGGAACGAUGAAGAAGAGUGGAAUCCAGAUGGAAAAGGUCGACAGUCCAAUGAUACCGGUGGAUCCGGCAGGGUGGAGAGUGAAGUUGGCUCGAACGAGCUUACUCUCACACCGGGUAGACGAAGUAUCGGGGGAGGUGGUGGAGGUAGCAUCGGUGGUGGAAUUGGUGUGGUUGGUAGUGGUGGUAUCGGUGGUGGUGGUGGUGUUGGAGGGAACGAGAUUGGAGGUGGUGGAGGAAGGGCAGGUGGAGGAGGUGGGAGCCGUUCGAGGGACGAACCCAGAAGGCACACCCUCGGUGGUGAUCAUCAACCGUCUCUUCAUCAUCAACAGUUCAACGCCGGGGGCCAACAAUUGCACCCCCUUCAUCCCCGUCAUUUGCCGCCACCCCAUAGCCAAUACGGCACCAUGGAUCUCGAGAUGGGGACCAAGUCUCGCCAGAGAAAGUCGCCUCUGCUCCGUGGUUACACACCAACCUCGUCAGCCAUGUUAUUCGACGAUGACCCAGGAAUCAUGUCCGAAGUGGAAACCUCCAGCACUGGAUUUCGUAGGGGUGGAAAACAAAGAAGUAGUCUACCCGUUGUCCGAACUCCUAGCAAAACUUUGGAACGACCAUUAGACGAUUCCCCAGGACUGGUGUUCCUACAGUACAGGAACGAGACGAAGAGGGCACUUCUCCCAAACGAAAUAACCAGCAUAGAUACUGUAAAGGCUCUCUUCGUCAGAAGCUUUCCUAAACAGUUAACUAUGGAAUAUCUCGACAGUCCUCACGUCAAGGUUUACAUUCACGAUAGUAACAAGAACGUCUUCUAUGAACUAGAGGAUCACAGGUUACAUCUACGUGAUAUAAGGGACAGGAGCGUAUUAAAACUUUUUGAAAGUGCCGACGGAGUAGCUGGAAUGCCAGGACCUUUGGGUAUACCAGGAGGUGGAGGAUUACCACCUCAUUGGGAGGAUCAAAGUUAUUUCAGUGAGCCUGAAUUUGACAGCGAGUAUCAACAUCAACAUAUUCACAAGAGCAAGACAGCGAAAAAUUCGAAUUCCGGUAGUGGUGGAUAUUACGUUGGUGGUAGUAGUACUUUACCUCGAGGUGGACCUCUUUUAAGGGCGUAUAGUCCAGCAGCAUCUUCUGUUGUAGCAGGACCAAAUGCAACCCCAACCCAACCGAAACCAUUAUCUACACCAGGUGGUGGCGCGGUGCCGCCAGCCAAGCCGCUUCGAAGCUACCAGUGCGGCAAAAAUCCCCUUGGAAGUCUUGGGGGCUCUGCUCGUUUCUCUAGAGACAGUUCGGUCUCCCUCUAUAGUAUACCAGAUCGAUUGCACGGAGAGAGUGGUUAUAUGAGCAGUCCUGAACGAGGUGGUGGUAUUGGAUCUGCUACCGGAAGGUAUCCACCUGGUCCCUAUAGUACUGGUAGCAGCUAUGAAGAACCUUAUUAUUCGCAGUACUCUGGAACAGUUACACCUGUCAUCGAUGAAGAAGCAAGCGAUACGGAGCUAUUGGAGGAAUCUUACAGCCUGUACGGCGUGAAACCACCAGGUCGACCACCUUCUGGACCCCCUCGAUCUCCGUUCAUACCACCAACGGCAGCCCCUAUACCCACUGGACAGAGCUACGACGCUACUCGGAUAAGAGUGGAACAUAUGGAAAGACAAUUGGCUAAUCUGACGGGUCUGGUUCACAAAGCGUUGACACAUGCACCACACACGAGCCCAUCACCAAGAGACUACUUACAGGUUCCUGCAGGUCGUGACCCUUAUGCGCGAACUACAGGCGCCGGGGAUGAGUUCGACAAACAUUCUAGCUCCAGCUCUGCCUCACUGCCAGUCUGUCAAACUACCGUUACAGAUGACUCGUUCUUAAGGACAGAUGUUAAACCACCGAAAUUAGGCAAAGACAAGUCGGUGUCCUUUGAAAAGUCAGUGUCCUUCAGUGACGAGCCACCAGAUAUGAAUUCACCGAAACAACAUUCCCCUCAGCACGCAGCGGAUACAAAGCCUACGAAACCGGCAAUCAAAUCCUCCACAUUGCCGAGGAUGUCUUCGCAAGAACGAGAGAGACACAAGCCAACACCACCACCAAAACCAGCAGCCUUGGUAGCUGGUCAAUACGUCUACCGUGAUUUAGCCUUGACACCAGAGAUGUAUAAUCAAUUAAGAGGACUGCAAAAAAAAGCUAAGGAUCUCAGACAGGAUGUUAGGAAUCUCCGACGUUUGUCACAAUCUCAGGCUCAUACUAUACGUGAAACUAUUAGGGAUACUUUCAUCACGAUCAGAGCAAUGUUAUUGUCCGGUGGUGAUGCUGCUUGGACGACUGGUGAUGCAGAAAAAGUUCGACUAAGUCGAGAGGAAGACCUCUACAAACAGGAAAUGCUUAGGCUGGAAAAAGAUCUUACCGAGCUCGAGAGUACGGUGGAGGAACUUCGUGGUAACGUCAUCAAUAGGAAAACACGUGUGAAUAUGUCAGACGUGGAAAAUAUGGCAUUGAUAUUAAAUAAAUCGAGCACAGCCGUGGCGGAUCUAAAGGUACGAUUUCCAAGUCUACAAGAAGGUAUGAAGGGUCUUUUAAGUUCGGAAAUGGAAAAAAUCGUACGAGAGGAGAAGUUCCUAAAGGAAGAACCUGAACGAUUGGAGUCUGCUUUGAAACGUUGCAAAAAAUUAACGGGAACGCUCGUUACGCUUAAACGCUUGGCCUCGGUGCAAGAGCAGCGAUUACCAAAUGCAGCAAGCGUAGAUGCUGAAGAAACACCACCUAUAACACCAACAUCUGCACAACAUUCAAAGGCAGCUGCCCCUGUGCCAGCGGAACGCACUGUCUUGGGGUCAACGAGCGUCCUCGGGGGAGGGAGCCACCCUCACGAGCCACCCACCACCCAUCAGCAGCGUCCGGAGAACGCACUCGACGCUUUGUUAGACGAACUGCAAACUUUUUCAAGGCCAGGCUCUCAAAUGGGUCAGGCACCAGUGUCGGCAGCUGUAAUACAACAACAACAACAGCAACCAGUAAUAGGACAAGUAACAACAACGACAACAACAAUAACAGGACCAGGAGGAGCAGGAACAAUAGGAAGAGCACCCUGUAUAUCAGAAAUCGGAAGAAAAGGAAGCGUCGAUUCGUCGAGUGGAAUUUUAGCAAGUAAUUUGAUCGGUGGUUUGACCAUUUCAAGCGGAGGACUUGGCCCAAGUGGAACAUUGCGUCGUUUGCAUUCUUAUCCGUCUAGUUCGGACACGGAUACCUCACCACCGAUAGCAAGACUCCAAGUAUCCCUUCAAGAGCAACCAGGGAUGCCCCAAGCGUUAUUACCAGGACAAAAACCACCCGUGCCGGAGCGUAACGCUGAAUUAUUACAAUUGGCUAGCGCAAGGAGAGUCCCACCACCACCACCACCACGAACUAGUUCAAGAUCACCUUUGGCAAGUCCAACGAGUCCACAAUUACCACCGAGAAAUCAUCAAUCUUCGUCUUCAUCUUCGUCGUCUUCUUCGUGUACCGUAGCCCAACAAUUAGUUAGCGGUAUUAGUAACGCUCCCAUUCCGAUAAUGACAAGUUCAACGUCGACCCUCCGAAGACCGUUAGCUCGUGGCAAAGAAGGUGGAGUAGGAACUAUUGGUAAACCACCUAUGGCAUUACCAUCGUCUGAAAUAGUUGAUGGUCCCUCAGGGCCUAUAUCGGGCCCUGUCCUAUCAACGAGUAACUCGAGCUCUUGCGAAAGCGUCAAUUCUCAAGAAGGUUUGCAAAGUAAGAGAGGUAGACAAGAACAAUUGGAACAACGUCAUCAAGAAUUAUUACGUAAACAAAAAGCUUUGCAAGAACAAUAUGCGAGACUUCAACAAUUGCAAAGAAACGCGGCUGGUUUGGCAACCGUACCACCUGCACCUCCAGAUUUAUUAAAGAAAACUGGAUCGGAAAGUAAUCUUUUAGCAAAGAUGGGAUUGGGAAUGAGUGCUGCCAGUUCGGGUUCGUUGACAAGUCUAAGCGUUAAAACUGCGACCCUUGGAAGAGAUGCUGCUGCAGCAGCAGCUGCUGCUGCUGCUGCUAUUACUUCCGAUCUAUGUAACUCGCGUACGAGAUUCGAAGAGUCUUCAUCUUCGUCUUCGUUAGAACCAAGUCUUGUCUUAGCCGUUUCUAAUACGAAUUCCGAUCAUCACGCGAACGUGACUAAUAUGGUAACUGCGAUAGAUAACAACAUCCUUACGACGAGUACAACAUCUAUUGGGUCCUCCACCACUUCGGCUGUUUCUGCUGCUUCUGUUGCUGCUUCUUCUACCAACACCAAUACCAACACCACCACGACAACUACCAGCAAAAUUUACGAAACGGACAUUCUGUGACCGAAAAGACGGUUACAAAAUUUAUCUUCGAAACCGUUAGACCUAAUCGAAAUACUUCUCGCGAGUUAACGUCAUCGUUUUUGUCGUCGUCAUCGAAAAUAUGAUAAUGAAACUAAAACAAGGAACAUGUCUAUGGGAAGAAUCUCGAAAUUAUCUUCUCUCUCCCUCUCUCUCUCUUUUUCCUUCUCUCUCUCGCUCUCUUUCUCACUUUUAAAAACGAUCACGUUUCGAUUAUUAUCAAAUUUUGUUCGGUCGUGAUUCGUUCGUGCCAAAUAAUGACAAAAAUGAACGAAAAAAAGGACUAAAUCUGCAAGAAAAAUAUA